AUGGCAGACAACAACAAACCCCAAGCCUUCAACCCACCAGGCGUGCACGAACCUCCUCCGUCCUACAAGCAUGUAUGCGUAACACCCAUUCAGCCGGCAUCGAGACUCGUGACACUUGCCGGUCAAACAGGAGACUACAAAGCUGAGUGGAUCGAGCAAGUCAAAGGAGCCUACGAAAACGUGAGAAAGUGCUUGGAAGCAGUUGGGGCCAGCCCACGCGACAUCAUUCACGUACGGCAUUACAUCGUCAACGACUCUGGCGACAAUGCGUUAAACGAAAAAGAAGUUGUUGAACGAGGAUGGGCCCCGCUUUGGAUCGACUUUAUGGAUCAGAACGGAGAUGGUCACAAGCCGCCGGAUACAGUGCUAGGAGUCGCGAGCCUGGCAUUGAAGGGACUGCUGUACGAGGUAGAAGUAUGGGCUAUCGUUCAUGGCUAG